UCGUUCGUCACGUGAUCACUGUGAAGAUGGCGUCUCCAAAUGGAGGUGAUGAUUUUGAGACUUCUCUGCUAAGUUUUGAAAGGCUGGACAGAGCGUCACCAGACUUGUGGCCAGAACAGUUACCUGGAGUUGCAGAAUUUGCUGCCUCAUAUAAAAACCCUAUCCCAAACUCACCUCCUAAGUGGAUGGCUGAAUUAGAGAGUGAGGACAUUGAAAUGUUAAAAGAGCUCGGGAGUCUCACCACAGCCAACCUGAUGGAGAAGGUSAAAGGAUUGCAAAACCUUGCUUAUCAACUGGGUUUAGAGGAGUCCAGAGAAAUGACCAGGGGGAAGUUCCUGAAUAUUUUGGAAAGGCCGAAGAAAUGACCUUUUGUUUUUUGUUGCUAUUGUUGUUCAAGCAAGUGGACAUUUAUAAUCUUUGGUUCAUUCACAUGUUUAGACCUUAAAGAAAUUUGAAGACUGAACUUCGCUGUAAAUWGGAGCAAAAUGCUUCUUCACGCAGCUGAAAUGUUGUUCUCCUUGCCUUUACUUUUAUUGGUACCUUUUUAUUAAUUUUAUUUGUCUUAAAGACCUUAACAAAGUUAAUUAUUUUUAAUUUAUUUUCUUAAACAUUAAUGAACUUUUUUGCAAGUUGUGAAAUUGUAUGAUAAAGUUUUAAAACAAAAAGAAAGGGCUGUUUAUUUAAGGGUUUCUUUCAUUUAUAAACUUGGAACGGAUGCGAGAGUUUUGGGAGACAGUUCAGUUUUUAAUUAGGGCAAUAACUUCAUGCCCGCUCCUUUCCUCAGAGAGCAGCACCUCAUGUUGGGGCUCCCAAUGCUUCCCAGCUCUCAGGGGCCAUAUUUUCCCUUUAAUGAGCCCUUGAGAGCAGGGUCCCCUACACAAAACAUUGCAUAAAAAUAAUAUUGCUCAUUGUCAUCGCCGGUAAUAGGAGUAGACAUAAUUACGGGGACCAUUUCUUUUCUAAUUAGCACACUUCAGCCUUGUUGGAGCUUGCGACCAGGCAAAAAAGAGGGAAUCAGACAGGCAUGCCGAGUGGGAAACAAAAAGAAGUCCGUCCGCUGUAAUUAGGUGAGACAAAGGCUGGGAUUGUUCUCGGCUGGAGAUGUCGCUGGGCCUCUGACCGCUCACUCCCAACACUUCUCCACAGGCCGCUAAUAAGCCCCUAAUCGUCCCACCGAUUCACACGGACAGAGACGGGCCACGGCUGCCGAGGCUUCACCCCCUGCCUCUCACACGGACCCUAACUCACCCCUGAGAAAAAAAAAWUGGAUUAUGUCUGCAGAGACUGGUUUUCCAUGAGUGUCCUGCUAGGAGAAAAGAGUCUGGUGUUCCCUGAACGCCUCAUGAGGCCAUGGGGACGAGAAAUGUGCAUAAUGAAAAUACACCUCAAUUUCUUUAAGUAUGAGUUAAUUUAAUGUUUUAAUUGUAAUAAAUUAUGUUUUAAGGUUA